AUGUCGUCUGGUUCUCGAUCUCGUUCUUUGAAUCGGGUUCGUGAUUCUAACACUACUACUACGUCACGUCGUCGGUCAGCAGUGGCCCAUAAGAAGCCGAGUAUACAGAAAACUGUUCCAAUAAUGACGUUUCCAACGGUGGUUCAGCAACAGGAUCCUUUCGCUAAGUUAGAUCCUUACGUUCUAUCCAUCUUCAAUAGAAUUUUCUCAGGAAGUUUCAUCAAUAUGCCUAAACCACUGAGUAAACUAGUUCGUGUCUUCACAAGCUCUACUUUCACAGAUACGACAAUCGAGAGAAAUGCUCUAAUGGAGGAAGUAUACCCAAAGCUGAAAGAGUAUUGCCGAGAAACGUAUGGCCUUGACUUCCAGGUCGUAGAUAUGAGGUGGGGAAUCCGAGACGAAGCUACCGAUGAUCAUAUGACAACCAAACUCUGCAUUAAUGAGAUUGCUAACUGUCAACGGUUAUCUGUUGGAGCAAACUUUGUGUAUGGUUACCGACCUAUACCUGCAGAGAUAUUGGGUACGGAAAUGAGAUUAUUAUUGGAUAUAUCCAAAGAGGACAAUGAAGAUGUUUCCCUCUUAGAAACGUGGUAUAUCGAAGAUCAAAAUGCUGUGCCUUCCCUUUUUGUAUUGCAAGCCAUUAGCAGCAUCCUUAUCAAUUUCAAUAACAAGAGAAUGCCCAAACUGCAAGAAGAAGAUGCACAGAAAUGGUGGGAGAUUGAAGAAAAGGUACAGCUUUUACUAAGAAAAGCAGCCAGACGAGGAUAUGAGAAGGGACUGAUAGAACAUGAAAACAUGCAUAACUACUUUAUGUCUGUAACAGAAAGAGAAGUCAUUCAUGGAAUUUUGAAAGCUAAGAAUCCCAACGAGCAUUGUCUCUGUUACAUUCGUCAUAUCAACAACAUUUCCUUAACACAAAUCAAAACAGCCAGCAAGUUUGUUGAUAUAACACACAAUCAUAUUAACACCGAGGCUCAAAAGCUGUUAGCCAAUUUACGUGAUGAACGAGUUCCAUCAGUUUUGAGUUCUGAACGAAUCCGAAGAUCCACUGUUGAAUGGUUUGGACGAGAUGGGCUGGAUUCUAACUACCAUUCGAGUUAUAUUAAGAAUUUCUGCACAGAUUUUUAUAAGAGUAUUACAUACAUGGUUGAUACUGCAAUGGAGAAACAUGCCAAGUUCCGUGAUCCUAUGUACACUGAAGUUCUGCAACACUUGAGCAACGCUUCAUAUGUCAGCGAGAUGUUUUUUGGGCGCGACGAAGAACUAAGUACAAUCCGUGCCUAUGUAACCUCCUCCAAUAAUCAACCUCUCAUUCUACAUGGAGAAAAUGGAUGUGGAAAAACUUCUUUGUUGGCUAAAUCUGCCACAUUGUUCAGGAAAUGGCUUCUGGAUAAUGAUAACACGGUUAUCAUCAUCCGAUUUCUAGGAACUACUCCAGAUAGUUCCAAUAUAACACAGUUACUCACUAGUGUCUGCAAUCAAAUAGCUUAUAACUAUGAUCGGAGCCAGCUGUUCAGCGCACCAACAGAGUUAUCAAAACUGUUCCAGCAUUUCAAACGAAUUAUGUCUCUUGCUAGAGAACAAUCUCCAUUGGUCAUUCUUUUUGACAGUAUCGAUUUACUAUCGAAUGUGGAUGCUGCUCAUGAAUUAUUAUGGCUCCCCUCAGUGUUACCCAAAAACGUAAAGUUCAUUGCUUCAAUUACAAGCUCGUCUGCUGACAUAAUGUACAAGAUGCAAAGGUUAAUAGAAAAUAAAUCUCAGUAUCUUCAAGUUCACAAUCUCAGUACCGAGUUGGCUUUCAAAGUGAUUAAAGAAUGGCUCAAAAAAGACAAUAGAACCAUUUCUGAAAAACAAUGGAGUAUCGUUCAAAAAGCCGUUGAGAAGUCUACUCUACCUCUGUUCAUCAAACUGAUAUAUGCUACUGUUACAAGAUGGAAAUCUUAUUCACGUGUGCAAGACACCGUUCUCUCUCUGUCAGUUCAAGAUAGCAUUCAUGCUCUGUUCCAGCGUACAGAAAAUCAGCAUGGUAAACUGUUGGUUGCUCACGCUCUGUCUUACAUUACUGCAGCACGAUCAGGAAUAUCUGAUUCAGAAGUUGAAGAUCUGAUAUCCCUUGAUGACAAAGUGUUGGAUGAUAUAUACCAGUACCAUUUACCACCAAUCCGAAGAAUACCACCUCUACUAUGGAGCAGAAUUCGUGCAGAUCUUGCAGAUUAUCUUACUGAACGCUCUGCUAAUGGUGGAGUAAUCGUUUUGAACUGGUAUCAUGCUCAGUUCCGCGCUGCAGCAGUAGAAAGAUAUUUCAAAAACCUUAAUCAUCUUGAAUUAUGCCAUUCGUACAUGGCCGAGUACUUUUUAGGUGUUUGGGGUGGUAUACCAAAGCCAUAUCAGUACACAGAAAUUCAAAAACAGAGAUUCGGCGUCACUGAAAAUGAAGGCUUAGCAGAUCGUAAAGUACCUAAACAACCUAAUGUUUUCUAUUCUAAAGACGGUAGUCAUCGCUACAACACAAGAAAGCUUAAUGAACUUCCAUAUCACCUUCUACGAGCAGGCCGAAUCGAGGAACUAUUGAAUUUAUGUUUAUUCAAUUAUGAUUUUCUCCAAGCUAAGUUGUGUUGCUUCCCUUUGGCUUCAGUUGUUUCUGAUUAUGAAGAUGCUAUACUACGAAUCAAGGAAAAAGAAGUUGUUCGUCAAUUGCACUUAUUGGUCGACGCUCUCAAGCUAUCUUCUAGUAUCAUAAGCCGAGAUGUUUACAUGCUUGCCUUUGAAUUUCUUGGGAGAUUGCUUCCUUUGGUGCCUAACAACCCGCUUGUCAAAAGUCUUCUUGUGCAAUGUGAUGAGCAAUCUUAUGCUUAUAACGCCUUUUUACCUGUGAACCACUGCUUCCACUCUCCCGGAGGACCUCUGAAGUAUUCUCUAGAAGAGCACAUGUUCGCUGUUUUUGGAAUGAAGUUGACGUCAGACCGAAAGCUUCUAGUUACUUCUUCCAACCGAAUCAUUGUUUGGGAUAUAACCACAGGUGAUCUGACAAGAACUGUGAACCCGAAUGUCGAUGGAAUUUUCUUUGGACUCUCUAUCUCGUCAGAUGAUAAGUACGCUGUCUCCUAUACGAACAACAAUCAGAUAAUUGUCACUUCUCUUAUAACUGGAGAGUUUAUAAGUAUUGAGCCUUCUUCUAUGACGAAUCAGAUGGAAAUCCAGAAGAUUGAAUUCACUCAUGAUAAGAAUAUCAUCCUGUGGACUUCAACAGAGUACCUGAUAUAUUCAACUGAAGGAAAGUUGAUACAGGAAGGAACAUCGACUGAUGAUCAGAGAAAAAAAUUAGUGAACGUUUUCCAUUCCUCCAGUAUUCUACUUGUUCUGUCAUCUUCUGGAGAAAAGGAUGAAUGGAGUUUAUCCCUUAACGGAAAGAUCAAUGGGUCUGCUAUUGAGUGUCCAUUGUUUGAUGGAGCCAUUGCUUUCGAAAAUGAUCAGUUCAAUCAUGGUUACUCCUGCAUCAAAAACUUGACAGAUGGUCGGGUUACCUUCUCCUUUGUAAAGAUUGCUCGAGAACAAAACAGAUAUUUUGUAUCGGAAAUUGUGUUGGACAACAUGCAAGAUAGAAUAUAUUCUAUACAGAUAUUCAAACAGAUCAAAGCUGCUAUCGACAAAUCCAUUUGGGUGGUUGGUAUAACGAUCGAGAAGUUCUUACUUUAUAUGAGCAGCAGUGGUUCUCUUAUAGAACUCAGUCUUCCUCUGAACAUUCGUAAUAUCCCCAUUCGACCCAAUCAUUCUACAACAGUUAUUACAUUCGCCUCUAAUGAUACAAUUUUUGUAGCAGCUAUCCGUAAACAUUUAUAUUUUUAUGGAAUUGAAAGCAAACAGCUUCUAAGAGCGUUGGAUGCUCAUUUUGGCCGAGUUCUAAACUUGUUAUCUGUUGGAAAUGAGAAUAAUACUUUAAUAACAUCAUCUCUGGAUCAUACCAUCAAGAUAUGGAAUUUAGCUAAUAUCUUCGAAAAGUCUUACUCGAUAUCCUUCAUGGAACAAGGGAUCGAAAAGAUACAUGUAUCUCAGAAGAAUCCCCAUUUGGUUGCUGUUCAAACUAGAAAGUCUAUUGGUAUUUGGGAUAUAAGAAAUCAUCGAUACAUUACUUCAUUAGUCAGGAAUAUUCAUGGUUCUGUCAUAAGUGAUAGCCUUAUGUCAUCAGAUAACAGACAUGUUGUUACUAUUGAAAACGACUCCUUGCUCCUCUGGGAUUUGAGGACACAGUCUGUUAUCCAAUCAGCUGAAGUUUCAAACGUUUAUCAAAUUUUCCUGUUUUACAAAGAGCAAUACAUAGGGAUUCUGUCGAAGUUAGUUGACUUGAGCGAUCAGAAAACUGCUAGGUUCUCAUCUUACUCACUCGUUGACUUCUCCAUGUUCUAUUCAUUUGAUUUCCCUUGUAUACAUUUUCGUGAAGCAGUUGUCUUGAAGGAUGGAUUCACUGGAGUUUUUGUAACAAUGUUUAAAGGACAUGACCAUCUACUAGUGGCGAAUCUAGUGGAGAAAGUCCAUAUACACAAGUUCAGACCAAAAGCACCUAAGCGUCAAAAAGAUGUUACUAUUAGAAUGAUCAAAACAGUUCCACAUUUUAGUCAUCAACUCAUCGUGCUUGAAAGUGAUUGCAAAGGUGCUAUUUGGGAUGCACUUACAAGGAAGUUUGUUCGAUCUUUACCUGAGUUCAGCGGGAAUGUCUCAUCUGAUGGAAAGAUUGGAUUAUAUGCUCCUGUCAAAGGGGGUUUGUUCAUCAUCGACAUGAAAACAGGAGGAAUAAUAAGAACAUUGAUCGGUAAUGUUAUGGAAGGUGUGAAUGACGUUAUUGCCACUUUCAACCCCAGCGGCUGUUAUGUUUUGUAUUAUCACAGUGGACACAAAUCUCUAAGAGUUUUCCGAGUUUCGGAUGGUGCGCACAUAGGCACUUUAAGACCCCACUCGGCUAUAUCAACAUGGACGUUUGAUUCAUCUGGGUCGUAUCUUAUUAUAGGUGGACAGGAUGGCUCUCUUCUAAGUGUCGCCAUCUUGGAAACGGUUCAGAAAGAAGAUGUACUGAAAAAGCUAGCGCAGCUACCUUCUCGAAGGCAUUUAGCUGAACAUUUGCGGAUACCCUUUGUUGAACAAGUGUACGACGAUGUAUUCGACUUGCGAAAUCUUGGAGCGGUUACUGCUGCUAUUACACGAUUUAAAAGCCUAUUACACGGAGGAGCUAAACGGUCACAUGUCUGUUCUCUACAGUAG